UGAUUUGCUUGAUCUUUCGUCGUCAAAUAUGUGUAACUUUGGGAAUGUCGUUCAGUGAAUUUUGGGAACUUCUUGUUCAGGAAUUCUUGCAAAGGUGCCUCCGUUAGUAACCUCAAAGUCGCGAUUCAACAAAAAAUCUAUAUGAACAAUGCUUUACUCCCCCUCAGAACCCGCUUCAUUCUUCCAUCAACUGCUACAAAAUGAAGCUCUUUGAAAUUCUUAGUCUUGUCUCCGCUGCAGCUGCUGGAGCCGUACACAUCGCGGCUGAAAACAAGGUGAACUACGAUGGCUACCAAGUCUACCGACUCAAAGCUCAAAAUGAAAAUAUGGAGAAAAUCAACGACAUUAUCUCUUCAUUGGAUCUCCAAACAUGGAAAAAAUCGGCCCAACUUGGCACAGCUGAUGUGGUUGUACCUCCGGAGCAUGUAGACAAUUUUUUGACAAUAACCGAGGACAUGCAGCGAGAGGUUAUGCACAGCAAUCUUGGGGAGUCCAUCGCGGAAGAAGGGUACACUGAUACAUACUCCACAGAAGCUGGUAAGUCAUCGCUAUUCUCUCAAAGCCUUCCAAUAACAAGCCUCAGUUCUUUCACCAAACGCUACGUGGUUCACGGGGUAUCAUGCAUAUGCAGACCAUAUAAAAUUUCUCAAGGAUUUAGUGGCUGCACAUCCAGCAAACGCCGAGAUCGUAACGGCUGGAUAUUCCAUUGAAGGAAAUGCUAUCACUGGAAUUCAUAUCUAUGGCAGUUCCGGUAAAGGAGUCAAGCCAGCUGUGCUUUUUUAUGGCACCGUGCAUGCUAGAGAGUGGGUUACAACGUUGGUUAGUGGGAAGUUAGCGUCGCAUCGAACUUGCAGCAGCUAAAAUAUUGUAGGUUGUAGAGUACAUGGCGUACAACCUUUUGACAAAUUAUGCCACCAGCACCGAGAUCAAAGGAUUUGUCGAUAAAUAUGACUAUUAUAUCUUCCCAGUUGUGAAUCCCGAUGGUUAGUCAAUACUAUUCGUUCUUUAAUAUAGCUAACUUCAGCCGUAGGCUUUUUAUACACUCAAAGCACAAAUCGUUUGUGGCGCAAAAAUCGUCAGAUACCACCGUCAAACUCAACUUGUUAUGGUAGGGAUAUCAACCGUAACUGGGCAUAUAAAUGGUCACUCACAGGUGGAGCUUCCACCGAGCCUUGUGACGAAGAUUACAAAGGUAUGUGUUGCUUGGUACUUGGAGGCAAAAAGUAGUGCUAAAUGUCAUGUAGGUGUCGCUGCAGUUGACGCCCCGGAAACAAGAGCACUUGCUGCAUACGCCAACGCUUUGAAGAAAAUCCAAGGGUUGAAGCUUUUUAUUGAUUUCCACUCGUACUCUCAACUCUUUAUGACUCGUAAGUCGAUCUAACCCAUCAAAAAUCUGUAUGAGUAUCUAGUCUUACAUUCACAGCGUACGGGUACUCUUGCACUGAUUUGCCAGAGAACAACGCCCAGCUUCAGUCACUGGCAGCAGGUUAUGUUUCUGCCGUCAAAGCAGUGUAUGGAACCAGCUUCGAUUACGGACCCAUCUGUUCCACCAUUUAUCAAGCCACUGGGAGCAGCGUAGAUUAUGUUGAUGCGGUCGUUGGCGCUGAUUUCACCUUUACCACGGAAUUGAGAGAUACUGGAACUUAUGGUUUCGUCCUACCGGCUAGCCAAAUCACACCCAGUGCCAUUGAGGCCUAUGCUGGAGUGAGAUCUUUGUUGAUUAAUAUGACAUGAGAGCCAAGAAGCUUCAACGUGAAUGUCAGGAAAUGGAAAUAGCUCUAACGGGGAUGGGAAAGGGAAGGAAAGAAGAUAAA